AUGACACAGGUGCACAGACACGUCGUCAAACGCUCCGUUACCCGGGGACCCUCCCCUAUACGCCCCCCAUGUACCUCAAACCCCCAGACGGCAGUGUUGGAGUGGUGGAUCGCUAAAGGACCGGCGGACGGCCUAUGUCGCCAGCUAAACAAGCAGUUUAAACGCAGAACGGCAUCUGGUGGAGCCCGGAGAAGGGGAGCAGACUGCGUGAUCUGGACCGCCACUGGCCACGAUGACGCUGGGGAGAACAUUGGAAUAACGCUCAAUGACGACAGACAGGCUGCCGGACCAUGCCACCCGGUGUUCGUGUGGAGGGUUAAACUUCCCCAAGUGCUGUAUGACAGGCAACGCCCCGGGGAAACCGUGCGAGCCUUUUCCCUCCGGUGUCGAGAGCUUUUCCAGCGGCUGAAAGACAGAGACCCAGAUGUUUUCCAGGAGACGGGGCUAGUUCUAAGAGACCAGUUCAUCAUGGGCCUGCAAGAUGCCGAACUCAGACGAGAAUUGAAUCGGAUGAUUCGUAGGAGGGAGGUAACGACAUUCGAACAGGCCCGCGAGGAAGCCCUCCAGGUGGAGGGUGAUAAACAGACUAACAUCUGGCAACCGCCAACAUGUGCAGCAGUGCGGGGUGGAGAACCACACUUUAGGGCCAGGCCCCAGGGCGAUUGGAAAACAGAGCUGAAGACCGAAUUGCUAUCAGAGAUGCGUCUACAGAUGAAAGAAAUGCAACAAGCCCUGUUGGAAGAAUUACAACCCAUCCGUAGCCGCUCCGAGGAACAGGUAGCACCAUCGAAUCGCCAUCCGCAUGUCUUCCCAGCACAGCCCAAAGAGUCUCAGAGAAGAGAAUUUAAACUAGAUUCUCCGGCCACUAGGGGGCAGGUGUCCGGAGUCUCUGGUAUAGGCCCAAUAAGCCCCCAGCUAAGUCAAGUGGUUGGCCCAUGCCCACGAGUGGACAUUGACAUAGAAGGUGUGACUGUGAAGUGCUUACUGGACACUGGCUCUCAGAAAUAUCAGCGGCUGGCAGCCGUGACGUCUGUUUCUCCGGAGGAUGUGAGGGGUAAUGGCCACCUGGCCUUGGAGGAAGUGAGCCCAGGAGUAGUGGAAGUUCGCAUUGGAUAUGUGAGUACUCUUGAUCCCUUACCGCUACAUGCGGCUGUGCACUCUUUGGUCCAGCAGGGUGUUGAGCUGACCCCUCAGCAGCGAGGACAGGUGGAGAGAACUCUGCAACAAUGGCAAGACGUGUUUUCCUUAAGUGAGGAUGAUCAUGGGCAUACGAGCGUGGUCUGUCAUUCCAUUCCAACUGGAGAUGCAGCACCUAUUCGUGAGCGAUAUCGCCCAGUCCCACCCACACUGUAUAAGGAGAUGCAGGCCCUGCUUAAAGGUAUGUUGGAUACAGGGGUGAUAAGGGAAAGCAGUAGUCCGUGGGCAGCCCCGGUGGUUUUGGUCCAAAAGAAGGGGGGUGGUCUCCGUUUUUGCGUAGACUACCGUAAACUGAACUCUGUAACUCACAAAGACGCUUACCCGCUCCCACGAAUCGAAGAGGCUCUGACUAAUUUAAAGAAAUCACAAUGGUACUCAACAUUGGACUUGGCCUCUGGAUAUUGGCAAGUAGAAGUCGAUGAGCAGGAUAAAGAGAAAACCGCAUUUGCCACACCUAUGGGCCUCUAUGAAUUCCAGCGACUGCCUUUCGGAUUAUGUAACGGGCCUGCCACGUUCCAAAGACUGAUGCAGCGAUGUUUGGGUGAUCUGAAUUUAGAUACUGUCUUAGUGUAUUUGGAUGAUGUGAUAAUCUUUUCUCCUAGCUUUGAAAGCCAUAUACAGCAUCUAGAAGAGGUAUUUCAUAAGAUGAGGUCCUUUGGAUUAAAAUUGAAACCUGAAAAAUGUACACUCUUCCAAAAGCAGGUUAGGUUCCUUGGACACCUGGUGGAUUCAGAGGGAGUUCGGCCAGAUCCAGAAAAGACAUCCGCAGUGCAAAACUGGAAAAUUCCAUCAACUGUCCAUGAGGUGCGAUCUUUUCUAGGAUUCGUCGGAUAUUACCGACGGUUCAUCGGUGGAUUUUCGAAGAUAGCCCGGCCUCUGAAUGCACUCUUGCAAAAUACAGCUAAGCACGGGAAGAAAAAGAGCAUUCCAGUGGAAUGGACCCUAGAGUGUCAAACUGCUUUCAGCACCUUAAAACAGGAACUAACCCAGGCUCCAGUGUUGGCAUUCGCAGACUUUUCCCUACCCUUCAGAUCACCGGCCGCUACUCCAUUUGAAAACUGCGAGACUAGGAGCCGUUGAGCAGCGGUGGAUGUCGCAAAUGGAAAAUUACAAUUUUGAUCUGAGGUACCGGCCUGGGGGGGAAAAUACUAACGCGGAUGUUUUAUCACGACAGGGAGGAGUGUCUAAGGAAGCCGCAGUGCGUGUGGUUACUUAUCGCCCAUCUAAC